AUGCAAUUAGUAUCAAAUGAUAGUCGCAAGGAAGAUAUAACAGAAUGUGAGCCCAUCUUAUGUCAGUCGGACAUUUCACAGAGACCCACAGAAUCUUCAUCCUCAUGUGAAAUUACAGCUGUGCAAGGUGAUUUUGCUGCUAAUGAUGAAGAGUCACAAAAUCUGGAUGUCGAUGAAAAUUCGAAGUUGGUGAAUCCCGAGCACCCACAAUGCCGUAUUUGCCUUGAUACUGAAGAAGGGGAAGACUUAAUUGCUCCAUGCCAUUGCAGAGGUACUCAGAAGUAUGUCCAUAGAUCAUGUCUUGAUAAUUGGAGGUCAACAAAGGAGGGCUUUGCUUUUGCUCAUUGUACAGAAUGCAGGGCAGUGUUCAUAUUACGAGCAAAUGUCCCUCCCGACCGCUGGUGGUUGAGAUUGAAAUUCCAGUUCCUUGUUGCUAGAGACCAUGCAUUUAUUUUCAUUAUUGUGCAGCUGAUUGUGGCAUUCUUGGGAGUGAUGGUAUACAAAUUUUAUGGAGAUGAACUAAGGGAGAUGUUUGGUUAUGAGGAGCACCCAUAUGGGUUUUACACUAUGGCUGUUUUAGCUAUUGUUUUGGUGGGGUUGCUUUACGGCUUCUUCAUAGCCAUAAUAUGUGGACAGAGAAUCAAUGAACGGCAUUACCAUGUUCUUGCCAAACAAGAAUUAACAAAGGAAUAUGUUGUAGAAGACCGAGAAAAUAAUAAGAAUGCCCCCGAGUUAGACCCCAGUCAUGUGACAGAGCUUAGAAUGUUGGGCCUUUAUUAG